GCGGCUGCGCAGUGAGGACAUUACCGGGGUCUCCAGCAGGUGACAGAGGUGUCUCUAGUUAUACAACAGUUUUUCGCUUGUUUUCCGUCCAUAAAGUCGCGUGUUUCGCUCUGCUUAUAGAGCCAUGAAUCCCGAUAUUAUACGAGAACGCCAAAAUGCGGCGUUUGACGCCGAAAAAUUGACGUAUAUUUUGGACGGAGGCCCGGAGAAGACCAAAAGAAGACGAGAAAUUGAGUCGCUGGUUUUCAGUGAUCCAGACUUCAACGAGGAGGACCCAAACUUCUUGUCCCGCAGUGAACGCUAUGACCAGGCCGUUCGAAAGAGCGCUCAGAUGAUCCUAAAGCUCCGCGAGUAUGGCAUCGCAGACCCGGAGGAGAUCUACUACUACAAGAGAAUGGCUAUAGGGAACCAACACGAAGCUUUUGGGCUGCACUUUACCAUGUUCAUCCCAAGCCUGCGCAGUCUGUGCGACCCUCAGCAGGCCAAGAAAUGGCUGUCUCUGGCAGAGUCCUACCAGGCCGUGGGCACAUAUGCCCAGACUGAGCUGGGUCACGGGACACAUCUCAGGGGGCUGGAGACCACAGCGACGUACGAUCCAGCCACACAGGAGUUUGUCCUGAACAGUCCGACCGUCAGCUCCAUCAAAUGGUGGCCCGGAGGACUGGGGAAGACCUCCAACCAUGCCAUUGUCUUAGCCCAGCUCUACAGUCUGGGAAACUGCCACGGCCUGCAUGCUUUCAUCGUUCCCAUCCGCGACAUGACCACCCAUGAGCCUCUGCCAGGUAUUGUUGUUGGUGAUAUUGGCCCCAAGUUUGGCUUUAAUGAAGUUGAUAAUGGAUUCCUGAAAUUGGAGAACGUGAGAAUUCCUCGAGAGAAUAUGUUGAUGAAGUAUUCCAAGGUGGGGCCAGAUGGGACCUAUGUGAAGCCACCCAGUUCCAAGCUGACCUAUGGCACCAUGGUGUUUGUCCGCUCAAUGAUUGUAGGGGAGUCAGCUCGGGCCCUCUCCAAGUCCUGCACCAUCGCCAUACGCUACAGCGUCGUCCGCCACCAGUCUGAGAUCCGGCCGGGGGAGCCAGAGCCUCAGAUCCUGGACUAUCAGACGCAGCAGUACAAGCUCUUCCCUCUGCUGGCUAUGGCCUAUGCUUUCACAUUUGUGGGCCAGUAUAUGACUGAGAUAUACCACUGUAUCUCUGAAGACAUCAACCGGGGCGACUUCAGCCAGCUGCCAGAGCUCCACGCCCUCUCUGCUGGUCUUAAGGCCUUCACCACUUGGGAAGCCAACUCUGCUAUCGAAGUAUGCCGCAUGUCAUGUGGUGGCCACGGUUACUCCCGUAGCAGCGCCUUGCCAGACAUUUACGUGGAGUUUACACCCACCUGCACCUAUGAGGGCGAGAACACGGUCAUGAUGCUGCAGACUGCAAGGUACCUGGUGAAGAGCUACCGGCAGGCCAGAGCAGGCCAGCAGCUGAGUGGCAUCGUGUCCUACCUGAAUGAGUCACGGGACAGGAGGGUGCAGCCUCAGGCCGUCGCCGCCAGACCCCCCGUGGUGGACAUCAAUGACCUGAGCAGCCUGGUGGAGAUCUACAAGCACCGAGCUGCCAUUCUGGUUGAGAUGGCAGCCAGAAGCAUCCAGCAGGAGCUGCAGCACAGGAAGUCCCAGGAGGACGCCUGGAACAACAGCGCCAUCGACCUGGUCAGAGCCUCUGAUGCCCACUGUCACUAUGUUGUGGUGAAAGUCUUCCAUGACAAGCUGAAAGGAGUCGGCGACACAGCGAUACACUCUGUGCUGUCCACCCUGGCUCUGCUCUACGCCAUGCAUGGAAUCACAAGGAACUCUGGAGACUUCCUGCAGGCUGCACUGCUGAGUGUCCCCCAGGUCCUGCAGAUUUCAGUUCGUGUGAAAGAGCUUCUCUCUCAGCUGCGACCCAACGCAGUGGCGCUGGUCGACGCCUUCGACAUCCACGACAAGAAGCUGAAUUCAGUCCUGGGCCGUUAUGACGGAAACGUCUAUGAGAAUAUGUUCGAGUGGGCUCGCCGUUCACCUCUUAAUGCCACAGAGGUCCAUGAAUCCUUCCAGAAGUACCUGAAGCCCCUGCGAUCCAAGCUGUAAGCUAAUGAAAGGAGCUCCACUAAUGACUGGGACCCUUCAACUCUGCCCGAAUCUCCCCUCUAAUAACCUGCAGUAUCAGCCCCAUGAUGGAUUCCUCUGCUUAUCAGCGCAUUUUUCACCAUGAUUGCAGCACUCCGUCCACUUCUGGUUUAACAAACACAUCUGCUACAGCUUUGGUAGACGGCUGAUAAGUCUGAAGUGUUAUGGAAGUUCAGCAGAGCGAUAAAUAAGAUUGACGGAGGAAUAAAUGAAUCUCUUUUUAACGGAAUGAAUAAAGAUUGAAGCCAAG